UUGUUUUAUUAGGAUUAAAAGUGCCAUUUUUUGCGACGAGCAAAUUUUGCAUUUGCGAGGCGGAGCGAAGCGAAGCCGAGCGGAUGCAAAAUUGCGAGUCAAAAACUGACUUUUAAUCCGAAUGAAACAUACUACUUUUUCGCCAGCCAAAAAGUAAAUCUCAAAAAUACAAAAUAUUGAUAACAAUAAUAUCGAGCAGAAAUGAAUCAAUCUGCAAAGUAGUCUGGUAUCCACGUCGUCAAGGCUUUUUUUGUUUGCUUACAUACCAUUGUUUUGUGAAAACGUUUGCAGUGUUAAUAAUGAAUCCUGAAGAAGAGUUACCUCCCGAUGUGCUAGAAGAAGCACAAAACGUGGUACUGAACUUGUUACCAACAAAAUCGCGCGAAGUGUAUGAGUGCGCGUAUACCCGCUUCAUCAAAUGGUGCGAAGGGAAAAAGAUUCAAACUUAUUCUGAGAACGUCCUAUUGGUAUAUUUUUCCGAAUUGGCUACAAAAGUGAAGUCAUCCACACUGUGGUCGCACUAUUCCAUGGUGAAAGCAACUUUAAAUAUAAAAAAUGGCAUAGAAAUCGGAAAGUAUUCAAAAUUAAAAGCGUUUAUAAAGAAACAAGGAGAAGGAUACGUUCCAAAGAAAUCAAGGGUUUUAACUAAUGAACAAAUAGAAGUUUUCUUAGACACGGCUCCGGAUUUCAAAUUCCUGAUGAUGAAAAUUGUUGUAAUCUUUGGCGUUAGCGGAGCUUGUCGGUGUCACGAACUAUUACAAAUAAAAACUGAAGAUAUUGAAAAUAUUAAAGCAGGUUUAUUGGUAAAAAUUCCUGAUACCAAAACGAAAAAACCCAGAUCAUUUACGGUUAUGGGGGAAAAGUAUUUGAAAUUUUACCAAAAGUAUGUUGCGCUUCGUCCAAAAAUGUUUAAUGAAGGUCGGUUUUUUAUUAAAUAUGUCGACGGAAUGUGCCAUCGACAAGUAGUUGGCAUUCAUAAAAUUAGUGCUGUACCCCAAGAAGUAGCCAAAUAUUUAAAGCUAGAAAACUUUAAAGAAUACAGCGGACAUUGCCUACGUCGGACUUCUGCCACGCUUUUUGUGGAUUCUGGCGGUGAUAUUACGUCCCUCAAGAGGCACGGUGGGUGGAAAUCUGACAGUGUAGCCGAAGGUUACAUAGAAGAGUCUCUUAAACACAAAAAAGAUGUAGCAAAAAAAAUUUUUCGUUUGGAAGAACCAGGUACAAGUAGUGAAACCACAAGUAAAAUACAUGAAGACGCAACGAAUAGGAAUGUGAGCGAAGUAAACCUAGAAGAAUCAGGUACAAGUAGUGGAACUACGAAUAGAAUGAUCACACGUGAAGACGGAAUAAGUAGGAAUGUGGGAGCAGUAAACCUGAAUUUUGACACUGUGACCAACCAGACAGCAGGAGCGGUAGAAGUGUUAGCGCAAAAUAUUAUUACUGACCGCAUGAAAAAUGAUAAUAGUGACGGAAAAUCUUUAAUCCAAAUCAAUCGCAGUUGUUCUUAUUGUACAUUCAAUAUUAAUUUUAAAAUUUAAAUAAUUAAUAACAAUGUAAGUUAAUAAUAAAAUUGGAAAAUAUUAA